GGGACCUGGAACAGCUUGAGCACAGGCCGUGCCGACUGCCGCCCGUAUUGCGUGGGGAGAUUUUGCGCUGCAAGCUCCGGAGCUCCCCCGUUAGCCCUCCAGGUCACCUCCCCGUCAUCUGUCAUCCGGUCCGCCUCGGGUUUCGCAAGUCAACAUUCGAAAUUCCAUUCCGAGUAUCAACCACAACAAUACCACCGUUCGAAAUAAUCAUGUCGCACGCCAUUGCGCCCAUGCGCACCUUUUCCAGUGUCCUCUCCAGGACCCCCGCGAGGCAAUGCCAGCGGUUCAUCUCGACAGCUAGAACCGCCCGCCCUACCGUCCCGAGACUCCAAGCCCAGCCCCAACAGCCAUUGGCGCAACGCAGAACUUACAAGACCGUCGAGGAAGCAAAGAGCAAAUACCGUUCGGGACCCUUUUCCUGGAAGGCCGGCCUUCUCUUCGUCCUCACCGGCGCCGGCUUGCUAUGGUACUUUGAGCACGAGAAGCAGCGUAUGCAGCGUAAGAGGAUAGCCGAUGCGGCCAAGGGUGUUGGCAGGCCAAAGGUCGGCGGCCCCUUCGAGCUGAUCGACCAUAACGGCAACCCUAUGACGGAGAAGGACCUCAAGGGUCGCUAUUCUUUGGUCUACUUCGGCUUCAGCCACUGCCCCGACAUCUGCCCCGAGGAGCUCGAUAAGAUGGCGGCCAUGUUCGAGAAGGUGGAGGCCGAGCGUCCCGAUGCUCUCAAGCCUGUCUUCGUCACCUGCGAUCCGGCGCGCGAUACCCCCCCGGUGCUCAAGGAGUACCUGGCCGAGUUCCACCCCAAGUUCAUCGGCUUGACGGGCACAUACGACCAGAUCAAGGCCAUGUGCAAGGCAUACCGCGUCUACUUCAGCACGCCCUCCAAGGUUGAGCCUGGUCAGGACUACCUUGUCGAUCACAGCAUCUACUUCUACCUGAUGGAUCCCGAGGGCGACUUUGUCGAGGCCCUCGGUCGCCAACACUCGCCCGACCAGGCCGCCAAGGUGAUCUUGGACCACAUGAAGGACUGGCAGGGUAAGUGGAGGAAGGAUUAAGCGGACCUCUGACUUGAUAUAAGUCACAAAAGACAGAGUGUAGAAAAUGUGUACGAUAAGUCUACUUCGGGACCUGUAUAUUGAAGGAUCUUUUGUGUUGGACAGCGAUACCUGGGAUGUGGUGUCACAAAGCCAGGAUGUUCCGAUUUGGAUAUCCGUCAGACGGGGCUCAUGUUGUCCGUCGCCUUGGGCUUUCUUUCUGGUUUUCCGUGCACACUAAAAUUACACGUAAAACUAUACGGGUUUGAUGAUCAGGCAGAGUGUUUGGCAAAAACUCUGGAUACGAACCAAGGCCCUUGGCAACCAUCCAGCUACAGGCCAACAUGUAAGGCAACUUAAGUCCUUGACACGGCAUAAUAGGCAAACCAUGGUAUUCCAUCAAACGUUUGAAGUAAAAAGGAUCAGCAGAACGGCACGUGGUACAAUUAGUCGCGUGUCAGCCGUGGCACAAAU